AUCAAUCGUUAUCAAAUCUUAUUCCCUGCCUCCUUCUCUCUGUUUAAUCGGAUCACAUUUGGAAUCCAGAAAAUUGCAGGAAAAUAUCUCCGACAUUUCUUUGCUUCUUCUCGAUCAUCAACGCAACAAUGGUGCUGCGAAUCACCGUCGUCGAAUCAACUCUUAUUGUGAAAGCGAUUCAGGCAGCCGCGGUGGUUAGAUCUCCGUUAGUGAUAUUCAUUUGGAGACCUGAGGGUCUUUGUGUGCAAUCCAUGCUUACGGAUAAGCUGGAACAUGGCCAGAACCUCUCUACUCUUCUCAGGCUCGAGGCUCAGACAUUCAGCUCCUAUGAAUCUACAGAUCAAUACUUCAGUGCAGUUGUUGAACGUGUCGACCUCGAAGCAGUCUUUUCGACUGCCGAAGAUGCCGAACACAUCGAAUUUUCCCAAUCUGAUGAAGACAAUAAACUGAAUGACUUUGGCUACUUGCGUGCUCGCUUCAACAGGCCUGUAGGAGCUUACGAUGAGAACUGCAUUUCCUUGAAAAUAUAUGGUACCUUUUCUGAGAGCAUGCUACGAAGUGCUGAUGUUUCAGCUGAUCCAUCUAUCUUUCCACGUCUCCCUCUGGCUGCAAUUUGUGGACUCGCUUUUGCAGACGCUAUAGCAGUUAUGGAGAGCAUGUCAGGGACAGUUCUUAUAACUACUAGAGGAGAAAUAGUAUCUUUCUCUCCUGUUGGUAAAGGUUUGGUGCCACUGUUACUAGAGUCGAGGAAUGGGGUGAUUUUUACGAGGAAUGAUCUUCAUCAUGGACUAGCUGGUCUUGAGAUCCAACUUCCAUUCCUGAACAUGCAUGCUGGUGCGAAACUCUCGGCUGUGGUUUUUCUAUAUAGACGGACAAAAAAUGUGGGAUUGGUGUGGCUUAAGCUUGAAAGAACUCGGUAUCGUUUACAUGGAGAUAUCAUUUACUACUUUUAUUAAAAGCGGGAAGUUUUUGGUAGACAUCCGGUGGCAAAUUGAGCAAAAUGUUGUAGUAUACUUGUUUUGUAGCAAAUGUUGUAGUAUACUUCUUUUGUAGUUAUGCUGAUGCAUAAAAUUUGUCUCUUACAUUUUCUUUGCUGAUGACAUGGAACAUAUUUUUUUAAUCUAAAAAUGGCUUGAUUUGUAA